AUGGGAAUGUUUAUAGCAGUAUCUAAAAACAACGAUUCCCUUUUGAAUGAUAAUGUUAUAUCAGAUUUGGUAAAAUUAGACGAAAUUAUUCGAAAUAUUAGCAUAUUUUGGAAUAAUAGUUUUUUUCGCUAUGAAGAUCUCUGUAUUCGGAAUAAAAAGAAUCGAUGUCCUAGCAAUUUCCUUUCUUAUUUAAUAAGACAAUUUAAAGAAUUUAAACGUGGAAAAAGAUUUAUGAGGUAUCCAUACGAAAGAAAUAUGUUUCAACUACGUUUAUCUGCUGUGCAUAUUGGAAGAGUAUCAACGGAUGACGAUGGUUAUGUCCAAGAUUUCGAAGCAUUCCGUUUGUUUUACUUUUUGGAUCAUGACUCAAUAGAACAGAAACAGCUGGCUUUAAAAUGGGAAAGCUCAUUUUUGGACACGUUAUCAAAUGUAAAGCUUCAACAUAUUGAAUUUUGUAUGUUCGCUGGACAGGCUGUCGAUGUAGAAGCGAACAGAAUCACCGAGUUAAGUCUUCCACUUUUACUUAUUUCUGGAGUUAUAAUGACAUCAUUCUCUUUUGUGUCUUGUUUAACGUUCGAUGCUGUCAGUAGUAAACCAUUGAUUGGAAUUGCUGCCUAUUUCAGUCCCUUGCUAGGAACAGCGGCUGCUUUCGGCUUACUAUUACACUGUAAUGUAGAAUAUGUUGAUAUGAAUAUUUCUGUUGCCUUCCUGACCAUUGGUAUCGGAAUGGACGAUUCUUUCGUUUUGUUAGCUGCGUGGAGAAGAACGAAUAAGAACCAUAGCGUCAAACAAAGAAUGAGAGUUAUAACUCCUUUUAGAAUUAUUCGUAUCUUCAGUAUAUACAGCGCCAUAUCCGUGUUAUUCGAUUAUAUGUACCAAAUAUUCUUUUUUGGUGCGUUGAUGGCAAUCGAUGGGUACAGAGAAAAGCAUAAUCUUCAUUCCUUAUUUUUGUAUCCUGUUCGAAACGAUGCGGCAGGUGUACUUGGAAAAUUAAAAAUUCCAGUGCAGGUUGUAGCGGUUUGA